UUUUUUCACUCAGGAACUCUGUGCUUCCAGCAGUCAGCUGUCAACAGGCUGGGCAUGAAAUGAGGCUCAGACAACGACGCAGUACUUGGAAGUGAUAACAAUACAACGUUUUGUUACUGUCCGGUAAACUGUUCAUAUUCAUUCAGUGGAUUUUGUAAUCUUGCUCGCUCGAGAGGUUAUGAACUCGGGACACGCAGAUCAUUGAACACGAUGGACAUGUGAGAGUCGACUCUACAUGAAUGCAGACGCUGAGGCGAUGCUGGAUUGAAUGGCACUAAGGAUACGAGGCUGUGACCCAGCAGGAGCACUGCGAUGGCCAGCUGCCACAGUAGCCAUGCAGACACCGCCAAAGCUCCUCCUCCCUCAGCCUCAAGGCCGCCAGCCUUGCCCAAACUCCACGUCCAGGGCUCGCUGUCCCGGAAGUCCAUCACCAUCCACUUCUCGCCCCUGGGCGAGGAAAAGGAGGAGGAGGAAGAGGAGCUCUAUGGGGCAGUUGUGUCCUCUCCUCUUCCCCCUGCUGGACCUAUAAAGGACCCAGGCAUUGUGACGGCCCUGGAGGCCAGCGAGGAUCUGAUCCUUGAUGGAGCCGGGUUGGACUCUGAGGAUCAGGCUGCAGUUCUGCCUAUGUUGUCCUCAACUGGUCCUCAAAGCUCCAUCACCUCCACAUUACCCUCUGAACUGAAAAGCUCCUCUCCUUCCCCUGCCUACACCUCUAAAUCCACUUCCUCCAAGUCUAGCGACAAACCUUUCUUCAGCCUGGUCAAGUCUCUAUCCUCUGACAUCAUUGAGCCUUCUGAAAAUGUCUCCAUCUCCCCCGCUGCCCCCACUUCCGUGAGCCACCGCCACCUAAUGAAAACCCUGGUCAAGUCACUCUCCUCUGACACCUCCCAGGAAUCCCCCCCUUCCUCCUCCUCCUCGCCCUACCGCCUCUCGGACUCCCGCCUCAACCUGCACCUCUUCAAGCAGUUCACGCAGUCCCGUGCCCCAGUAGGCGUCGUUGCCGGGGGUGACUCCAAGACCGCCCCCUCCUCGACGCUCACCUCCCCAGACAGCCGCAACUUCUUUAAGGCGUCCGUGGAGGCGAGCAUUGAGGACACUAAGCGCCGUUUCUCCGAGGCCAUCUACGAGCCUCUCCAGCUGUUCAAUAAGAUCAUGGAGGACAAGAGCGGAGGCAUUGGCAGCAGUGCCUUUCGGUCCAAAGCACUCUCGUCCAGUGCUUCGGAGCUCACCUGCCUGGCCUCCCUCAACAACGGCCAACCGGAGAGCAACUACAGCAUCAAGGAGGAGGAAAACGGGGACGACUGGGAGUCUGAGGGAACUGGAAACGGAGCCAGCUCUCCAAAUCCCACCUCUGACACCAGAAGUCCUAAAAUGUCUUCCUCCGCUUCCGCCUCUCUCGGCCUGGACAAGUGCUCCAUGUCAGCCCUGGCCAAGCUGGAGGAUGAGGACUUCUGCAUCCUGUCUAGUGAGGACUUUGAGGAUACCGAGGGGGAUUAUGGAGACACAACGGACAAUACAUGUAGCCAAGUCAGACUGCCGCCUAGUGGCAGUUCGGAACUAUGCAGUGACGACAAGUCCGAGGGAGAAGAUCCACCACCCAGCAUUCCACACUACACCCUGAUCAUCAUCACAGCGCUGGUCUACGGGUACUUCGUGUUGCCCCUGCCCACCUACGUUGGGGGUAUGCUGCUGGGAGUGGGACUAGGGUUCAUGCUAGCUAUCGCUGUGGUGUGGUUGGCCGGACCCAAGCCUUCUGGCAAUCGCACCAGACAUCCCAGACACCAGGGGAAGCUGAGGAACAUGGCCCAGCUGGGCAUCAAAGAGCCAAGCAUCUUCAAGGGCUGGAUGAACGAGAUAGUGAACUACGACCCGGAGACGUACCACGCCACUCUGACCCACUCUGUGUAUGUGAGACUGGAGGGCUCCAUCCUGCGCCUGUCCACACCCAACCGCAACAUCGCSCGGCGGGCCACCCAUAACGAACCCAAGCCCGAUGUCACCUAUAUCAGCCAGAAGAUCUACGACCUCACUGACAGCAAGAUCGAUCUGGUGCCCCAGAGUCUGGCCAGGAAGCGCGUGUGGAACAAGAAGUACCCUAUCCGCAUCGAGCUGGCCAAGCAGGACGACUUCAUGUCCAAGGCAGAGGGCGACCGCAGCGAAACCACACACGAGAGAACAGCAGCCACAGGAGAGGCGACCGUGGGGACGGAGGAGGCCAAAAGGUCUGGUGGUCCAGAACUGACCCUGUACCUGUUUGGUCGGACGGGGAGGGAGAAGGAGGAGUGGCACCGGAGGAUCCUGUUGGCCUCCAAGCCCCCCAAGACGGGGAUAAAGAGASUCACCGGUCUGCAGGGGAGUAAGACUGCCUUGAGCUCCCACAGCCGCAGCAGCAGCCGGAGCAGUCUGGACGAGGUGCUAGCCUCUCAGCCCAGGACCAGGGACUCAACAGCAGGCAUAGCAGCCAAGACCAAGUCCCUACUGGACUACAGUGUCUACAUGGCCACCCUGGUAGCCCCUGAGACUGGCACUGCCACUGCUACUGCCACCCCCAUCGCUGCCACUAGUCCCGUAGUCCAGAGUCCACAGAGUAGCCCUGGGUCGGGCAAGAAGUUGCAGAGCAGCAGCAGCAGCUUUGGCCCUGUCGUUACGCUGGGGGAGGAGGAGCCUGUUGCCUGGGUGAACUCUGUGAUUGGCCGGGUGGCAUGGGACUUCCUGGGCGAGCCCUACUGGGCCGACGUGGUCUCCAAGAAGAUCCAGAUGAAACUCAGCAAGAUCCGGCUCCCCUACUUCAUGAACGAGCUGACCCUGACAGAGCUGGACAUGGGCGUGGCCACUCCCAGAAUCCUUGGCACCUCCAAACCCUCAGUUGACCAUCAAGGUCUGUGGUUUGACUUGGAGAUUUCGUACAGCGGCUCCUUCCUGAUGACCCUGGAGACCAAGAUGAACCUGAUCAGACUGGGGAAGGACGGAGAUGGCGUGCGCAUCAGAGAUAUCAGCAAGGAUGGGUACAGACCACGGACGUACUGCCUAGCUGACAGUGAUGAGGAGUCAUCCAGUGCUGGGUCCUCAGACGAAGAGGAUACUUCAGAGGUCACCAAUGACGUCCCUGGAGCAGAGGGAUACAUGGGGGGCCGCCAGCCCAGUAAGAUCAUGCGCUUCGUGGACAAGAUCGCCAAGUCCAAGUACUUCCAGAAGGCCACCGAGACGGAGUUCAUCAAGAAGAAGAUGGAGGAGGUGUCCAACACGCCCCUGCUGCUCACCGUGGAGGUACAGGAGCUCAGGGGCACGCUGGCCGUCAACAUCCCACCCCCGCCCACUGACAGGAUAUGGUAUGGUUUCAGGAGUCCACCCCACCUGGAGCUGAAGGCUCGGCCCAAACUGGGGGAGAGAGAGGUCACACUGGCCCACGUCACCGACUGGAUCGAGAAGAAACUGGACCAGGAGUUUCAGAACAUCUUUGUCAUGCCAAACAUGGACGACCUGUGGCUGACCAUCAUGCACUCUGCCAUGGACCCCCGCUCUUUUGGAACGCCCUCCACCUCCACAGCCGAUACGACCCAGAGGGAAACGGAGCCCUCCGAAACAGAGGGGGGCGCCACUAGCGGCAUKUGAAGGAUUGUUUACAGUAUUUGCCUGAAACGUGUGAAUUAGAAUGGGAGCCAGGGGGCCUUGUCGUAGUAUAAGGCUUAUCGGUGUAUAAGGACAUACAAAAAGACAUCCGUUAUUACCACAUAGACAUUCCAAUAGCUCCAUACCCAAGGGUCUUUUUUGURACUGGCAGAACAGGAUGACCUCAUCAGAUGAACUUUGACCUUUAACAAGCUCACUGACGGAACGAGACAGAGGUCAGUCAACCAACCAGGAAGGACAAACACUAAAAAAUAAAAACUGUCACUUGCUGCUCUGUUUUUAAAAAAUCUGUGUAGGAUGAACAGACUUAGAAAAGUAGAUUUUUCUCAGAAUGGCACAAAUGUAACAGUGAUACAACCUUUGACAGGGGCAGGUUAGACGCUAGGGGUAUAGGUGGAGCGGUGUGGAGAGUUUUUGUGCGUUAUAAGGUUACACAGUGUCCUAUGAACACAUGGUUAUUUCACAUUCACCGUUCACCUUACGUCCUAGAUAGACAACUUUUGUUUGGGGACCCAAAUCAAGAGAGAGAAUGAGGUGAAAAGAAAUGGUUGAAUGAGACAUGCCACCGCUAGAUUAUACUUUUGUUAUUGUACGGGUGUGUGCAAGAGAGUGCAUGUGUGUGUGAAGCCUGACACUAGAAGCAGGAGUGCAUACUUUUGACAAUGUCACAUUGGCAUCAAAUGCACCCUAUGCUUUGUCCAGGUGAACACUAACAGUAUAUACACAUAUAUUGUGUUGUGACCCCACAUCUCUUACUGCUCGGGAUAGAAGUUCCCCUUUACCACAGGCCUAGAAUCAGAUUACCCCAAAUCCUAACCAUUUCGGGGAUGAGAACAUGUCUGGCCCUAUAGCAGUGGUAAGGGGGAAAGUUCCCCUCUUAACUGUACACCACACCUCUUUAUAUGCAAAUGAUCACUGUGUCCGUAUCUGUAUGGAAGCAGCUAUAUGAAGCCCCUCCCCUCAAUUUUCUCUGGAAGCCAAUGCUAUAGGGUUAGCCGUCAUUACCUAGGCAACACGUGUCUUUAAUUCACUAAUGCCUAUGCAAAUUCCUUGCUAACUAUGGACAUGAGGUGAGCAAUGAGAAAAUAGUAUAUAUAUAUAUAUAUAUAUAUAUAUAAUCUUGUAAAGAUGUGUAUUUCUGAAAAGAUGUACAUAAUGGGCCUAACACUUUUGUUGAAUGUAUGUAUGGCUACAUUGACAUUGGACUGUUUUAUUGUUUGUUGUAUGGAAACUAUUCCUAACCAAUCACAUGGWUUAUGCUGAUUGGGGUAUGCCAAGUAUUGCACAACUAAAACAGAAGUUUUGAUUUAUGUUUUCCUUGUAAACACUAUUAAUGAAAUAGUAUCUACAGACAUGUAUUGCAUAUUUGCAGUGCUAUUGUGUUAUGCUCUCUCUAGCAUGUACAAUACCCAUGGCACAUGUUGAGACCAUUCCUGUCGUACUCGGCACAACUUAGGUUUUCAUGUAUUCUUUUUUUCAAAUGAUGUAGGAAGUGUUAUGUAUUUUUUUUAAUUUAAAAAAAAAUGUUUUUUCAAAUGGCCAUCAUCAACAGUUGCCAAUGCUUGGAAAUGAGCCCCCUUGCCAGACGUGCUAAAUGACACUUGGUAGAGUCAAACAAAAUGAUGCAGUGUGCCCUUUGCCAAAACCAUCAUUAAUAUUAAAAUAAACGGUUAACUGUCUCAAAUCAUCACUAUUGAAGUCUGAAUCACCUUCUAUACUCUACUGUUAUGUUUUCUUCAUUUUGAAGUAAAGUUUUAAAUGCACAGUUUUAGCAUUGGAUUUGUUUACAUGAAUUCCUAUUUGUGUUUCGUUUCGUUCCAUUUAUUUGUCAGGARGCUAAAACACUGUUGUAGAAUGUCCUUGAUGAAGGAAUAUCCUUUUUAACUUUCCUUUUACUUCUAAUUGGUUUCUUGUUUAAUUUUCGUUUUAUUGAUCGUUCAGUUGGUAAUAUUAUUAUUGGAACCCUUGAUAAAGAUGAGCCAAAAAUACUAAAAUAAAUGAUACAAAUACUGCGCCAUAUUGCAUGUAAUUUUAUGUUGAAAAUGCGAUUAUUGUAUAUUAACACAAUUGCUCAGAGAAAGAGAUUUAGUUUAAAAAGUAAUAAAACAAUACUCAAAAAGAUAGGCAUCAAAGUUAUUGGCACCCCUGUUUUCAGAACUCAAGCAUCGUACCUUUGUGGGAUAAGGACACUGAGCCUUUAAAGAAAAAGAUUAGAGAACACAGUGGGAGGGAUCUUGGACCGUUCAUCCAUACAGAAUCUUUCCAGAUCCUUGUUAAGGGGAGGGUGCUAAGACUAUUGAAAACAGGGGUGCCAAUAAUUUUGACCCCUCUUUUUUUUAAUGUUUUAUUGUUAAGGAACAUCUCGUUCUCUGAGCAAUUUUAUUAGUAUAAAAUAAUAGAAUUCCCCAGUUUUUUGGAGUGUGCAAUAUAGCUCAGUAUUUGUAUUUAUUUUAUAUAGUAUUUUUGCUCAUCUUUAUCAAGGGUGCCAAUAAUUAUUACCUGAAUGUAGGUCUAGUACCAGGUUGGAAUUAGAAGUUUUUGUAACYCUUUGUCUGCUUUUCUGAAAUACAAUGACAGAAUGAUGAUAUGAAUAGCUCAUCAGAUUUAUAUAAUAAGAGUUGAUGAGUCUGCAAAUAGAUGGAUUAUUUAGAUUUUUAAGGACAAAUUUGUUGAGCCUCAUCCAUGUCUACUCCUUGGCUGAAACUUGGUCUCUUAGUUGGGAGAGACCAAGUUUCCAUAAAGGAAGUUCUUUAAAAUAAUGCCUUUUUAUUUUUACAAAUGUUGAUUUAGCAGGCCUUGUUCUUUUCUGUUAUCGAUUUUGUACGACUGAAUUGCAAUGGUAUUGUGGUACAAAUMAUAAAAAAUAUCAACUUGCUUUGCAAUUAUUUGCUCUUGAUUGAAAUAAAGAUUUUUUUAAUGAACCAA